UUAUCUACCUAUUUCUCUCUUAUCUUUGCUACAAAAAUCAAGAAAAGACACUUUCUUGAUAAACCUAAAAACUUGUCAAUGGCUUUUGCAGGAACAACACAAAAAUGUAUGGCAUGUGAAAAGACAGUGUAUUUGGUUGAUAAAUUAACUGCAGACAAUAGAGUGUUUCAUAAAGCUUGUUUUAGAUGCCAUCACUGCAAGGGUACUCUCAAGCUUAGCAACUACAAUUCCUUUGAGGGAGUUCUAUACUGUAGACCUCACUUUGAUCAGCUCUUCAAAAGAACUGGAAGUCUUGACAAAAGCUUUGAAGGGACACCAAAAAUUGUGAAGCCAGAGAAAGAUGAGAAACCACAGGCAGCUAAAGUUUCAAGCAUGUUUGUUGGAACAAGGGAGAAAUGUUUUGGCUGCAAGAAUACUGUUUAUCCAACAGAAAAGGUAUCUGUGAAUGGAACACCAUACCACAAAAGUUGCUUCAAAUGUAGCCAUGGAGGCUGUGUAAUUAGCCCAUCCAACUAUAUUGCUCACGAGGGGCGCCUCUACUGCAAGCAUCACCAUGUUCAAUUGAUCAAGGAGAAAGGAAACUUAAGCCAACUCGAGGGCGAUCACAACAAGAAUUCAUCAGUUAGAACAACAGAAUCAUAAAACUCCCAACAAUAUAUCUAGUUUUUCAUGAAUAAAUGUUAUUCAGCUUGAAUCUACUUCCUUUUGCUAGCCUAUUUUUCUAUCUUCUACUUGCACAAAAUUGAUUCUCAAUCAUAAUAUUAUUCUUGUGUAUGUUGAACUUCUUUUUGGCCUUUGCUUCUUGUUUCACUUGUGUUGUUGAAAUUUCGAUGCUAAAACUAAGUCGAUAAAUAAAUUAAAAUCGAGCACAA